AUGCUGCUGCGACUGGGCUCGAUGCUCGCCCGGCGCGGCCUGCACGCGGCGUCGGCCCGUUUCGCCGCGGCGCCGGCGCUGCGCCUCGGCCGCUCGCGCGCCCUCUCGACCGCGCCGGUUGACGACGAGAUGGAGGACGACAUCGACGUCGAUGGCGUCGCGUACGGCUUCAUGGCUUCGCAGGCGCUCUUCGCCGGCCUGGAGCUCGGCAUCUUCGACGCCAUCGCCGCGGCAGGAGGAUCGGUCGACCUGCCCUCGCUGCAGCGCUCGAGCGGCGUCACCGCGCCCCGCCUCCAGACGCUGCUCACCGCGCUCGUUGCGUCAAAGGCGCUCCGCCGGUCGCGCGACGGGGCAUACGACCUGUCGCCGAACGCGGCGCGUUUCCUGGUGAGCAGCUCGCGCCACUUCUACGGCGACUACCUCAAGCUGCAGAUCGGGCGCCAGUUCUACCACCGGAUGGGCGCGCUGACUGACGUCAUGAAGACGGGAGAGGCGCCGUCGUACGCGUCGUGGUUCAGCGACCCGGAGGUGGCGGCGACGUACACGCGCGCGCAGCACAACGGCUCCGUCGCGACCGCAAAGGCGCUGCUCAAGCGGAUGGCCGGCUCCGUCUCGCUCGACGGAGCCUCAAAGAUGCUCGACGUCGGCGGCGGGUCUGGCGCCUUCUCGUACGUGCAGCAGCGAGUCUCUUUCUCUGAGCUCGACGCAACGUCCCCCGACUGGCCCGUCCUCAUGUCUUACAUCUCGGGGUCGGUGCCGGAGCCCGUCGUCGGCGCGCUCUACGCAAACGCGUACAAGGCGCGCCAGAGCUCAGGCUCGGGCUGGUGGUGGUGGUGCACGACUUCAUGGUGGACGACUCGCUCGACGGGCCGCUCGGCGGCGCCAUCUGGGCGCUGCAGCACGUGA